CUUCCCCAAGAUGGCGGCGGUCGGCAGCGCUGAGGCGGGAUCCGAGCGAGCCGAGUGAAGAUUGCUUUGAUGGUGAUCACAGCUUUGAGGACAUAGGACUCGCAGCUGGCCGAAGCCAACGAGAAAAGAAACGUUCUUACAAAGAUUUCUUAAGAGAAGAGGAAGAAAUCGCAGCUCAGGUCAGGAAUUCUUCCAAGAAGAAGUUAAAGGAUAGUGAACUGUACUUCUUGGGGACGGACACACACAAGAACAAGAGAAAGCACUCCUCGGAUGGUUACUACUAUGGAGGACAGUGGUUCUUGUUCUGAGUGCCGAUAAACCAGUGUGAAGGAGGAGAGAGGUGGAGGGCUGGUAUUUUGGAGGAUUCAGCAUAGAAGAACAGUCUUCAUUUGUGAUACACCAGAUAUUUCGUCUUUGGAAUCGUCACAGAAGAAAAAGAAAAGGUCCAGCCCACAGUCUGCUGAUACAGCAAUGGACCUGUUGAAAGCUAUCACUUCCCCACUGGCAGCAGGCUCCAAGCCCUUUAAAAAGGCGGGGGAGAAGCCCUCCAGUUCUCCUAGCCACUCAGACAGCAAAAAGGAGCAUCACCGGAAGAAAGGAAGCGGGAGCGGUGGGGAGCGCCCCCUGGAGGACGGCAGUGCCCACAAAUCCAAAAAAAUGAAGCCCCUCUACGUGAACACGGAGACGCUGACUCUUCGUGAGCCUGACGGCCUGAAGAUGAAGCUUAUUCUCUCCCCUAAGGAGAAGGGAAGCAGCUCAGUUGAGGAGGAGGCAUUCCAGUACCCCUCCCCACAAGCAGCCGUGAAAAAGUCCUCGAAGAAAUCCGCUCGGGACGAGCAGGGUGCUCUCCUCCUCGGACACGAGCUACAGAGCUUCCUGAAAGCAGCCCGGAAGAAGCACAAGGCAUCCUCGGAGCCGCGCUCGUCCCCGGGCCCUGAGGGCUGCGGGUCCGAGGCGUCCCCGCACAGCGCCAGCCUCGACGUUUCAGGGCUUGAGCCCAUUCUGGUAGAGUCAGACUCGUCCUCGGGUGUGGAGCUGGAGGCCGGGGAGCUGGUCAUUGAUGACUCGUACCGCGAAGUCAAGAAGAAGAAGAAAUCCAAGAAGAGCAAGAAGAAGAAGGACAAGGAGAGGCACAAAGAGAGGCGACACUCCAAGGCCAAGAGGAGCUCCGCACUUUGUGCCGCAGCGACCGAAGAGGUCACAGGGACACCCGGCCCUCCGCCCAGCGCCCCCUAUGCAGGAGCCCCGGGGCCUGCCGCGCCACUUCCUGCCCUCCACACGGAUGGGCAUGGGGAGAAAAAAAAGAAAAAAGAGGAGAAAGACCGAGAAAGAGAGAGAGGAGAAAAGCCAAAAAAGAAGAACAUGUCAGCCUACCAGGUGUUCUGUAAAGAGUAUCGUGUGACCAUUGUGGCUGACCAUCCAGGUAUAGAUUUUGGGGAACUUAGUAAAAAAUUGGCUGAAGUAUGGAAGCAGUUGCCAGAAAAAGACAAACUUAUUUGGAAACAGAAGGCUCAGUACCUACAGCAUAAACAGAACAAAGCCGAAGCUACAACUGUGAAAAGAAAAGCAUCCAGCUCGGAAGGUUCCAUGAAAGUCAGAGCUUCUUCUGUGGGAGCACUGCCACCCCAAAAGAGGUCUCCACCUACCACAAUGCUGCUACCAGCCUCACCAGCCAAAGCUCCUGAGACAGAGCCCAUUGAUGUUGCUGCUCAUCUUCAGUUGCUGGGAGAGUCCCUCAGCCUCAUUGGACACCGCCUACAGGAGACAGAGGGCAUGGUGGCAGUGUCUGGCAGUUUGUCAGUGCUUCUGGAUUCCAUUAUCUGCGCUCUUGGCCCCUUGGCAUGUCUGACUACACAACUGCCUGAAUUGAAUGGCUGUCCCAAACAAGUCUUGUCAAACACACUAGACAACAUUGCUUACAUCAUGCCUGGACUGUGACAGCAAAGACUCCUGGGACAGAAACCUCUUCUCCCUCUUUGCUGGUUUGUGUAUAUAUAACUGACUGUUCCAGAUCCCUUCGCUGGCCUCUGGGUAUAGGUUUUAAAUUUUUAUAUCUAUACAUACAUAUAUAUGUGUAUAUAUAAUGUACAGUAUAUACAUAGGACUGUAACUACUUUGAUUUUAAUAAUUUUAUGACAUGGCAAAGGUUUAGCUAAGAGGAAACUGGCAUGAAUAUGGGCUUGUGAUUCUUUAUUCUUUUGUGGAUAAAUCUGCCUUAAAAACCAGUGUAACUCGGGGGCUGAGGGCUUGUUCUGGGUGCCACAUGCAUCUCCUUAUGGAUGGCUAAAAUGUGAUUUUUUUCCAAACUCAGUUGUACCUCCAGACCCAUCACUGACCAUUUGCCUUACCUGUCUUAAAUGGGAAAUAUAAUAUAGAUGAUGGGAGGAUGCCAGCCGAGCACAGUACAAACUUGACAUGACCUGGGAGGCAAUACGCUCUUUCCCACGGUAGCUGCUGAGAGGACUAAGCAGGGGUUUGUUCCAAUCCCUACUACACAGGUGUCCAUGUCUUACGUUCUGUUGUAAUCAUUGCUACCACUGGCAGCCUCAGUUACAUGAUUCCUGGCAGCAGGAAAAUACCUUGGCAUAGGACCAGCUGUCAAUGCCACCAGCUGAGCCUGUGUAUAUUCUCAGCUGCCCAAGAACCUUUGGUCUAGCCAAGAGCUGGUUUCUCUCAUUGGCAACAUAAGUUGGCCACCAAAUCCUCACACGUUCUGCUAUUUAGCUGCUUGGUGGUUACAGAACUUUGUCCAGCAGGUUCUUGGAUUCGUCUCACUGGUUCCCCUGGUGGGCAAAUGCUGUUCUGCAUUCCACAUGUAAGAGAAUUGCAAAAAAGUACUCAGUUCUCCUGUAGGUUUAUUUAUACGUGUGUGUGAAUGUAUAUUUUAAUUAUGUGUAUUUAACUCUUUAAAAUUUUGAUUUUAAUUUAUCCUGUAAAUUUCUGUAUAUAUAAUUUAAUAACAAAAGCCUCCACCAGCAAUAGCAUGUGGAUCAUACAGAUUUGUCAUUUCUUCCUUCUAGUCUCUUCUGAAAACUAAUCUACAUUCUAAGGUGUUGGAACUUAAACAGGAAUCAUGAUGUUGGUAUUCUAAUUCUGUGUAAAGAAACUUCAUGGCCUUCAAUAAUGUUAGGAAGCGGACUAAAGGGGAAGUUGCAACUCCCAGCCACCCUGACUCCCUAAGAACCAGACCUGCUUUCCAGUCAGGAAAAUAGCUGAGCACUGCAGGGUUGCUUCUGAAUUGGCCGUGAGAUUCCCCACCAAAGCCAAGCCGAGGCGGCCAUGCUUCCUUCCCCCAGCCUGCGUGGACCGGCAUCUCGUGAAGCUCUAAGGACUGCAGCCAGCUUCAAUCCUAUUGCAUCCCCGACUCCCCACUGGGCUGCCGGCUGCCGCAGGGUGGGCUUCUCAGAGGUGUUCUUGCUGCUGAAUCCCUGUCCUAGCUCAGAGCAGUUUUAAGAUUUAAUCAGGUAAAGAAGGAAACUAAAAUCAAGAAGAGUAGAGAUUUUCACCUGACUUCAUGUACGAGCGCCAUGCCUCAUUUGUACCCAUGGGAGUUUCCUGUGUGAAACUGUUUUCCGGAGAGGCCAGAAGCCAUGGAAGGUACAGGAAGCAGUCAGUACUUCCAUUGUCAUUUGUAUACCGUAAUGAAAUCCUGAUGAGGACCUGCGUUUUCAUGUGCUUUCCUUUGAAACCUCAUCCUGUUGUAUUUGUACUAAAGCUUUGUACACAUUUGUAUAAUAAUCUGUACCUUGUGGUAUUUGGUACUAUUCGGGGAAAAUCUUUCGAUUCAGCCUUCUUGCAGCUUUUAUAUUAUUAUUUUUUGUUUUUUAAAAUAAAUCCUGGUGGUUUGAUCCAAAUCCCAUUACAGUUGUAUAAAGAAAUAAGAUUUUGUACUUAUAUUAUUAAAGAUCGCAUUUUUAAUAUUUGUA